GCUUCUGACAGCACUUUGUUUAUGAUUUCAUCUCUAAAAAUAGAACGAAGUGAAAAUAAGUGCUGAAAUAUAAAAAAAAACAAGAUUGAGAUGAAAAAUUAAUAUUCACGAAGCUAUCGCCAAAUAAAGUUGCGUAUUCAGGUCAGUCGUGAUAAUAACAAGUAAAUCAUACCGCGCCAGUGACCUUCUCAGUGUGGUUAGUUACAACGUAAUAUGCAAUAGUAUCUGUUCCUGGAGGCCACCGAAGAAGAUGAGUACCCGACCAAGCCCGGCCCCAUUCAAGCGUUCAUUCGAUGGGCUUUUCAACGCAUGGCUAGUGCUUCGAAGCCAGGGCCAUGAAAAACCACUGAGGAAUGCACUCUACAAUGUGAUGAUGGUUGCCGUGGUGGGAGUGGUUGUUGGUGUUACUUUAGUGCUGGCACCGUUUUUCAAGCCACUUUUGUGGGCGUUCCUCUUCGGGGCGGUUCUCUUUCCGGCCAAGAAACGCCUCGCCGAAGCGCUGAACCGAUGGAUCGAACGGAUCGAGAAAGACGAACGACAUCUGCUGAUCGGGAUUGUCGGGGCGCCGGUGCACGGGGCCGAUUCGUUGGGCGAGUUUCUUACCGAGUGGCUGAUGGGACAUCUCAAGAUGAUUGGCAUUGGAUGUGGGAGCCUAAUUUCGUUGCGGCUGGUGGUAUGGUUGGCACCGACCGAAGUUUUCCUUACGGUUUGGCAUUUCAUCGUGUGGAAACAUUCGUUGUUUCGAUCGCUGCUGAGUUCGCUCACCCUGCAAAUGCUCGUGAUAAUCAUCGUUUUGUACGUGCUGAGUGUAUAUAUACUCUGGACCCCGUCACUGUCAGGCCCAUUCUUGAUCAUCGGGCAAUUUCUGUGGGUUCUAAUAGUGGGUUAUGGGUGCAGUUUUCUCGGUGCCCUCCAGGUACCCGUCUUCCUUGGUAUACUUACCUACGGUGCGAUCGGACUGGUGUAUAACCUCCGGAAGGACGAAAGAAAUGUGCGGUUCAUUGACAAAUGGCACAGUUUACUGGACGUGACAAGCUAUCGUUUGAACGAUACCAAUGUCAAACCACUGACGGCUUCGGUGGAUGACACAAGCGAUUCAUCACGGAUCGAGGAAAUCAAAUCCAAGCUGCAGCUGGAUAUAACCACUACGCCUCCGCUUUCGAGCACCAUGAAUGAUUCGAAGAAUGCUAGUGAUGCUACAAUGAACAAACCGUCGGAUGCUUUGGAAAGUGAUCUGUACUUUAGGAUACUUUUCUACGCCUGCGGGGCAACGAUAAUUUGGAUGUACACGUGGAUUUUGUUCCUAGGAAUCAUUCCGAUAAGUCUGCAUUUGACUAAACGUGUGGCGGAGAUUCUCGGCAUCAUACAGUACGCCACUAAGAAAAGCGAACAAUACUGGGAAUUGUUGAAGCUGUGGCUCUUCCCGAGACACUCGGCUCUGCUGCCGCUUUGCUUACCAGGGAUCCUUAGCCUCAACGUUAACAUUCAUCGGUAUAUGUGUGCCAAAAUACGGUCAUUCAUCGACGAUAUCAGCUCCAUUGUUAUGAUAGGGUUCCUCAGCGUGCUGGUCAUGCUGAUAAGCGUGUUUGCAUUCACCCAGAUCUACUCGGAAACGAUCGCGGUAGCUCAGCUUGGGAGUAAUGUAGUCAAUCGGACACUUACGCAUCGACCGGAGUUGAUAGAAAUGCUGCCAAUUGAUAUGCAAUCGAUGGACAACAUUAUUGAUAACGCGUAUAAAUACGGAAGAUCACACAUCGAACAGUAUGUGGAUGAUAUCUUCAAUGACACCGAUCCCAUCCAGGCUAAAAAAUUGAAAGGUCAAAUUUUGAGCGUAUGGGAUCGACUCAUUCAGAGCUGGAUGGAUCGAAACAAUGGGGAUGGACUCGUGGGGCCGCGGGUCACCGGACAGAGUAUACGAAUGACGAUUGAUGAAAUAUUUAUAAAUCCUAUAACAAAAGCGGGAAUAAUCGGCUUUGUCAAAAGCAACAUCGGAAUGUUGCUGGAAGUGGGUGAUUCACUGUGGAUCCUCUUGCGGACAAACUUGACGCUACUGGUGUCCGCAAUAGGAACGCUAGUGUCUGUUAUCUUGGGUGGAGGACACGCGGUGCUCAAGUUCCUAUUUCACACGAUUAUAUUCUUCACGACAUUGUACUAUUUGCUGCAGAGCAGUCAGAACCGAUACGCCCCUACGGCGAUCACGAUAAACAAUUCGUGGGGACCUCGAAUCAUCCAAGCGCUAGAGGAUUCCAUCUCCAGCGUUGUGGUUGCCACUCUUAAAUUGGCAUUAUUCCACGGUUUGUUCACCUGGUUUACCCACACAAUCGUGGGAGCACACAUAGUCUAUCUUCCAGCGGUGCUGGCAUCGAUUCUGGCGGCUGCUCCGUUCCUCGAAACAUAUUGGUGCAGCGUGCCUGCCUUUCUCGACCUGUGGCUCUCGCAGGACCGCUUCUGGCUGGGUGCUAUCCUUGUGCUGAUCCAUUUUAUCGUGCCGUCCAAUUUCAAUCCGAUAAUACAUUCGGAAAUCAAAGGUGGUGGCCAUCCGUAUUUAACCGGUCUAUCAAUCGCCGGAGGGAUGUAUCUGUUCGGCUUGGAAGGAGCCCUUCUUGGCCCACUACUUCUCUGCGUGCUGGUAGUGCUGUUCGAGGUUACGAUGAGUGCUAUCCGAGAUUCUCCGAUAACGCCACAAACUAGAAAGUCCAGCUUGGAUACAAACAACGAGAUGUAUUCCCCCGCAACUACUCUGUGUAAAGAGUGGCAAGCGUUUGUCCGCCGGGAUGAACACCUAUCGCUACGGGACCUUUUCCGAGAUAGCGGACGCGAGUGCAGGACCGAGUGCGGCAACCUUGACGAAGUAUCCGCCGCCACUGAUGCCGCAGACGAUCACUGGUCAUCAUCGUUCGUAAAAGGGGACGUUUGGGAGCCGCCGGAAUGCGUUACCUAGCUGAGAACAGAAGUGUAUGUGUGUGCUCUGUAUGUGACUCCAUCAAGACCCCGAUUGUGCAGUUAGCUAGGGCCGAGGCUUUUUUUUUGGUUGAAUUUACUCGCCGUAAUGACCAAAGUAGAGUGUAUAAACAGAACAUAGUUCUAGUGAUUGCUGAUUAUAAAAUGAGCAAGCUUGUUGAUGUUAUUUGGAAUUAAUAACUUGCCUCGUGUGGCAUCAAAAUUGUUACAAACAGUAUUGUUGAAUUUCAUCAGUUGAUUAGCUUUAAAAUCUGUAGAAUGGAGUGUACCCAUGUUUCUCACAAUCCCACUACAUUUGUAUUGUUCACUAAUUUAAAUCAACCAUGACACUAUGGCUCUGAAACUAGAACUCAUUCUCAUUUGAUAGUUUGGUACGAAGAUGUCUCUAGGAGAAUUAAUAUUUGUCGAUUUCUCUAUUCCAACAUAAAAUUAACUGAAUCUUCGAUUGAUAUUUGUUCCCUUUAGUAACGAGGUAAUUUUCCAUCCAAUUUUGCAGGAUUACCAAUAAGACUCUAAAAUGUACUUCUACUUAAUGUACUUAUGGUACAUAAUCUCGAACUAAAAACAAGGAAAAAAAUAACAGAAAAAUAUAGUUUAUUUUUAUUGAAAAGUAUGUAUAUAGCUUAGAUUAUUUUGGAAACUAUUUCAAAUGUGUUUUUUUUUCAACUUAUUCGCGAAAACAAACGUGAAACAACUGAGAACUUUGCCACGUGUUUCACGGGGAGCCUUGUAGAAUUUGACCCCCGGGACUUGGUUGAUAUUGGCUUUCGCAAAGAUCACGACAGAUCUACAGCUUAAGAGGCCGGAUUUGUGCCACUGUUUUUGUUUGAGAGAGAUAGAGGGAGAGAUAGAGAGAUAGAGAGAGAGAGAUAGAGAGAGAAAGGGGAAGAGAGAGAUAGAGAGAUAGAGGGGGAGAGAGAUAGAGAGAGAGGGGGAGAGAGAGAGAUAGAGAGAGGGGGAGAGAGAGAGAGUCCUCUCUUACUUAUUGCUCUCUUGCAAUGAAAGAGAAAGGGUAAUGAGAGAGCAAUGGGAUGGAGAGGCAACGAUAGCGAGGGCAAUGAGAAAGAGAGGACGGCAAUGAGAGAGAGGGGACAAUGAGAGAAAGGACGAAAGGAGAGGCAAAUGAAAAAGAGAGACCACAGAGGGCGGGCAAGGAAAGAGGUAGGACAAUGAAAUAAUGUGAGAGAGAGGGGGAAGAGAGAUAGAGAAAGGGAAAUGAGAAAGGAAUUACAAUGAGAGAGAAAAUGAGAGAAAAAGGGAAACGAGAGAUAUGAAAAGGGCAGCUGAAAGAGAGCAGUGAGGAAGUGUGAGGAAAAUGACGAUGAGAAAGAAGGCACAGAGAGAGCACAAAGAGAGAGCGCAUCCAUGAGAGCAUCUAUAAGAGCGAGAUGGCACUGAGAGAUAGGGAGAGCAAUGAGAGUAGAAGGAGUAAUGAGAGGGGGGGGGGUCAAUAAGGAAGGUCAAUAAGAGAGCAGUGAGAGGGGUACAGAGAAAAGGCAAUGCAAGAGGAAGGGGGUAUCUAGGGGAGAGAGAGAUGGCACUGAGAGGGAGGAGGGACUAUAAGAGAAGAAAGAGCAAAUGCCUGUGAUGCUUCAGAAUCCCUAGGGAUAUGUUAGAAAUUGAAUUUUUCCUCCAUAAGAGCGAUGUCGUUUUGAAAGAUGCCGUCACUUUUAGGAAAAAAACGUACUUCAUGAAGAGCACCUAAAACUUAUCCAAACAGUUUAUUUUCAUUUCUCCCGAUGAACUUGGUUCAAAGUAGUCGUAGAUGUAUUGCCAUUACAAACAGUAUUCCAGAAUAUAUUUUAUUUAAAUGGUUAUAUCUCGGUGAUAUCCUAGCGAACCUUGACUGUCCGGCAAGCAUCAAACUCAGAACAAAAACAUUAAAAUUAGAUCUGAUAUUUUUUGAAAAUUAAAAGACUAUAAAUGAAACUCUAUGCUAGGAAAAAUACAAGCGAUGAUAAGGUUUUCCAGCUUUUUAAACAUCCCCGGUGUCCGCUAGCUGACUCAAAUUCAGAGGAAAAUUUUUCAAAUGCUGAAUAAGUUUAUUUUUCGAAAAGUAAUGACUAUUGGAGGAUUGACAAAAUUUUGUUCACUCAGACCUUAUCGUUUACCCCUUGCAUUUUGUUGAAUUAUAAUGGAUCGUUUUGGCGGUUUUAAAACGAAAUAUACCCGUCGAAUAAGGCUGACUUCUUCUUCUUUCUUUGUUUUUAAGAGGCUUUAAACUUUGAAGUUCAUUUGCCUCUAAGGCUGACUUCUUUUGGAUUUGCAUUAAAAGCACGAUUGUCAAGCUUCAACUAAUCUAGAACAUUCUAUCAUACAUAGUAAUAGCGUAUGCACAUUUGAUGGAUAGUUGUUUAGGAUGAAAACAUGUCUCUUUAGAGGUAUAAAAUUAUAAAAUCUCUGUUACUUUUGUUAAUCGUUGAAUGUAUCGAUAUGAUAGAGGUUAAAAAGACAAAAAACCAAUGUCCAAAACCAAAAACCAAUUCGAUGAAACAUAAACCAUCAAACAACGUGUGAAGAACAGUUCGAAUCGAGAAUAAAAAAAAAACAUUAUUACUAGACUAUGAACGAUGUUACCAACAAGAUAAUUUGUUCUACGAACGCUUGUUGAAAACAUAGAUUUGGUUCAGUUAACACAAUGAGUUCAAACAUAUUUCGAAUGUGAUGUACAGUGGAGGUGUAGCCUGAUAGGAGCUUUUUUUCAGAGGAAAGUAUAUAUUCUUUAUUUUUACUGUACUAACUAAUAAAAAAAUGUAGCCAAACGCUAGCGAUGCGAUAAUCAUCUAUAAAUGGAAUCAAUA